UCUUAUAUACCGGCAGCUGCUGGGGCAACGGUGGAGAGGCAGUUAGUAAAGCAGUAGACUGUUAACUUAAAAGUUUGGGAUAAAGCAAUUGUUAAAUGUAUUGUUUUUAUAUAUUUGAAAUAUAAUAUUAAGCCUGAAGUACCGUAGCUAAGCCUACCAGAUCAUGAAUUCCAAGCGUCUUCCUAAGAGGUCUGUGCUGGGGAUAAGUGUUUGCGCAGCUCCAGGUUCAGUCUGUACCGGUAGCUUGCAAGCAGGGACUUGUGACACACAUGGCAAGGCUGUUGCAGCAGGGGUUCUUGAGAUAAUACAAGCCUGUAAGAACGAUCGUUCUACUGGAAGCAGCUUCUACACGCUGAUGGUAAACGAUGGCACUUUGAAAGAAUACACCACUAAAGAGAUCGUUAUGAAUCGGGCUGAUUUGAAAACAACAGUGCAUGGAAAACACUCUCAUGCCGGUUUGGAAAAGAUACCUUUGUACUGCAAGAGUGAAGAGGGAGUUCCAGAAUUGGAACAGAAAAGACCCGCACGCACCUUUCUUCCGAAUGGCAGAAAGUUAGAAGCCUGUGUGCACAUGGAUGACAAAAGUUCUGUGGGGCGACGGGAGGACACCAAGAAAGACCCGCUUCCACUAAACCCAGUGCAUGAACAGAGCCGGCUCCUGAUGUCAUCCUACAUCCCUGUCCCCAAGCACAGGAGGCCGUUGGGUCAUGCAGACAUGGAGGUGAUGGCAGCUACAGUCCUCACCACCCUCUCCACCAGUCCGCUGGUACUUAGUCCCCCCUAUGGGACUCCAGGCACAGAUCCCUGCAGUCGAGGGUGGAAGGAGGGCCUGUCUGCCAGCUACAGCAGCUCCACUAGUGGCAACUGGAGCUGGGAUACUAGCGACCAAUCGGUCCCCUCCACUCCCUCCCCGCCGCUCCCCGCCGACUCCAACAAGAGCUUUCUGCUGUCCUCCCAGUCCGACGACAACAUCGAAGAGUCCGUGACCACGCACUUCCUCUUCGAGGACCCCAUCCCCAGGAAGAGAAAGAACUCUAUGAAGGUGAUGUUUAAGUGCUUGUGGAAGAACUGUGAGAAGGUCCUCAGCACCUCAUCAGGAAUUCAGAGACACGUCCGUACUGUCCACCUCGGGCGGAAUAGUGACUCGGACUACAGUGAUGGGGAGGAGGAUUUCUAUUACUCUGAGAUCGAGGUGAACAUGGAUUCACUGUCGGAGGGGCUUUCCAGCCUGACGCCAACCUCUCCCACCUCCACGGCCCCCCAUCCCCCUGUGUUCCCCCUGCGGGAGCUCCCCCACUCUGAGCCAGCGCUGAUCCGCCCCUGGGGAGGCAAGACGCUGACCCCACUGAGCCAGUCUGCUCCCUCCACGCUGUGCCAUAUCCGCACUGAUCACGCCUAUCAGGCCACUGUUCCUGUUAGCAUCCCUGUAUCUUCCAAGUUCGUACCUAGUGAGAAUGGGAUCAGUAUAUCCUGGCAGUCCCCUCCUGUCAUAUUUAAAGGGUCACCGGGAUCCAUACCGCAGAUCCGCACAGUCAGCAUUGGGGAGAAGAGGCAGCCCCUCCAGCACACUACAGUCCCCAAGACACACACGGCUCUCCCCUCCGCACCCAAACCAGCCACGGGAACUAGGAAACCUCGCGGAGAAGCCAAGAAGUGUCGGAAGGUGUAUGGCAUGGAGAAGAGGGACAUGUGGUGCACCGCCUGCCGCUGGAAAAAAGCCUGCCAGAGGUUUAUUGACUGAACCCGUCCCUUUCUGAAGUUCCUUGCUCAAAAGACUUGCUCUACAGGCUGGUAUUGUUAAACGCAAAAGCGGCAAGAGGCAGUGCGUGAUACCUUUGACUUCAAAGCCACCUCUUUCCGAUCCAUCCAUGUGCCGUCCUCCUUUGUUCUGUGGUACUCUCACUGGAGGAAUCGUCACGGCUUUGGUUGGGUUUGAAAUGGAAAAGGGAUGCCAGCGCUGGAUUCUGGUAAAAAAAUUAAAAAUACCAAAAAUACCAAAAAAAUACACAAAACUAAAAAAUUAUUUGUCUCGUUUGGGCAGCAUUGUUUUGCUAAUCUGUUAAGAGGAAGAAAAAAGCUAAACAGUACAUUUAAAAUAAAUGGUUUGAGGCUUCUUAAUUCACUCUUAAUAUUUUAAAGCAUUUCUAAACUACUUUUUACAAUUUCUUAUUUUAAAGACCAUGCUGUUUAUUAUAUAUAAAAAAAAAAAUCAGACAAGCUUUUUAUGUAAAAUAUUUGACUUUACUUUUUAUUUUUCUAGUCAUUUAUUUAGUUAAUCAAAAACAGUAAAGAGGCUCAUUUGCACAAACCUUGCUAACUGCGUAGCUUUAUCACUUGACAGUAUUUUCUUUGAGAUUGCUCAUUGAAUUCCUUUUUAUACAGGCAUUGUUAUAAAUUCUAGUUCAGAUUAGCAGCACUGUUUAAAACGGUGCUUUUAAAAGGAAACAUCACUGGACUGAAUUUGCUUGUAUUACAACACCAUGUCUGGUGUUCUUUUACACUGUGCAUACCUGUUUAAUUUGCUUUUUUUUUUAAUCAGUUUAGCUUGGAUUUAGAAAUACAAAUGACAAGUGCUAUAUUACUCAAUCCAAAGGGUUUUCUGGGAAGCAGGUCAAACCGAUGAGGUUUUUUUUUUUUUUUGGUCACAUUCAGAUAGGAGGUAUUCCGCGGGUAGGUGCAAGAUGCUCAAUGCUUGUCACAUGUUCAAGACUUGGAAGCUGAGAGUUUUAAAGACAUAGUAACAUAUCUCCAAAUGGAAAUCGCAUCAAAUGAAAGUCUGUGGUACCUUUAGUUACUCAACCACUGAAAAGUGCAGGUAGUGACAAAAGUUUGUUUAUUCCAGACAAAAAAAUACUAAUGAUUAUACAUAUUUUGUUUAAUAAUUUCCAUUACAUGAUGAAGCCUUUUCUUGGCCACACAGUGUUCAAUUAGUAAGGAAGAGUAGCCUAGUUUUCAUUUGUGUCUUUUAGAAACCUGUGUUGUUGGUUGAAUGACCACCAUUAUAGGCAGAUUUCAUUGCCGAACGCAGAUUUACAAAAAUUAUCUUGUAGUUGCCUUCAAAUUUCAGAAAUAGGAUGGAUCCAAAGAGAUUUUAAGUGUUUUUUUCCUUGUAUGUGGCAUUUAGGACAAUUUUAGUUCAGUGUACCAGUGGAGAGGCUAUUCUGGUCAAGCCAGAUUCACCUGAAAUUCCAGCAGGACAGAAGGCUGAUCUCUUAGUGCUUACACUAACCUGCAUUUGCAAGUGUUUAUUUGCUUCCCAAAAAGCCUGCAACGAGUCAAGACCUGCAUGCAGCAUAAAACACAAAGACAAAAAACACAUGGCUGUAUACAAAAUGUCACUUUUUUUAGUAAUAGAUUUUUUGGGCUUCUGGGUUUAUAGCUGCAGCUUCAUUUUUAUACUCACGUUUUCUUUAAAGUGAUUUCUGUGGAUAUGCAGGUUAAACGUUUUUAUGUACAUUUGCAGCAUGUCUUUUUUUCUACAGAUUUUGAAUUGGAGGAAUUUUAUUUACUGUGCUGCCUCCUGUCAAUACUUGUGAAUGAAGCUUUGAUCUGUUCAGACGGUCCGGCCGUCGCUGAGAUGCAGAGCACUGUAGAGGUCAUUAAAAGGUGCACUCGGAAUAUACUGUGCAGUUCACAUUCCCUGUUAUCAAACACUAAUAGCUAUAUAUAUAUAUAUAUAUAUAUAUAUAUAUAUAUAUAUAUAUAUAUAUAUAUAUAUAUAUAUAUAGUAAAAUAAUUACUCAGUCAAUGUUAUCAGCUAAACAACUUAAGUAGUUUCACACCACCUAUAUUAAAAAUAUCUUUUACUUGCAUACAUUAAAUGUCCACUGCUUCUGUAUACGUAUAGGAUCUUAAAAGAUGUUUAGUGGCCUCCACAGAUGCUGUUUACUGUUUUUAGAGCCUCACUGUCAGGUCAUGCUCUGUACCAGUCAGCUCAAAGUUCCGUUCCUGUCUGCAGUUUUGGGGAAAAGAGCAUCACCAAUUUUGGGUAGAAACUUCAGCAAGUGCCAUUGGGAAAGAGGAAACCUCAUUAAAUUGCACUAAGUUCUGCUGAACAAAGAUAUUUUUUUUAUCUGGGGUUUUAUAUAAAGAAAUUGAAGACAAUGUAUCAGAAAUGGUUAAUAUUCACUACCUACCGUUGCUUGUUUGGAUCAGUGAUGAACAUGGCUCCUCGCCAAAGCUAUCGUUGUAAAAGAUAUGUUCAAGAAAAGUUCACAUGUAAGGGAUGUUGAUCGUCCAAGACCAAUCCCACAAGUGGAGCAGUGCACUCAUUGAUUGCUUAUUAAAAAGCCACCAAUGCAGCCAAGGAAUAAUCAAGCUAGCGGCUUGAGUCCUUUAAAAACUGGAAACAUGGUUUUAAAAUGUACACAGUUAUUCUGUUGCAGUGAAGCUGGCAGGUUGUUCUUUACUAGGUUUUGCUGUUAUUUGUACAGGCCACUGGGGUUGCAUAUCCCAGCAGGGCAGUGUGCUCCACUUUGUUCAUCAUAUUGAUAGUUACAGCUGUGGUAGGUGAUGCGGUUUACUAACUAACAAACCAAAAAUGAGUUUCCAAACAUGAAACGGAGGUACUGGCAAUUAACUAUGAAAAUAUUUUUUAUUACUCUGUAAUGUUACUCAGUAUUUGUACAUGUAUUGCUUUUAGUAGCGUUGCUUGGGUGAUUGUUUAAGAAGUUAAAAGAAUGCAAAGAACUUGUGAAGAGGAUUUGUGUGUACCAGUGUAUGCACACAAAUACCAUGUUUUGGAAAAAAAAAAAAAAAAAAAAAAAAAGAUGAAUGUAAAAUGUCUAUCUCUUUUUACCAUGUGGCAUUUUAGGAAUGUGCAAUCAAACAUAUGUCUUGUUUCCAGUGCCCAGCUGUAAUAAUCUGUCAGCUAAUGAAUGCUCCUAACAACAAAAAAUUAGCUGCAUGCAGUGUCUUUAAUUGGACUUCAUAUCAAAGUGAAACUUGAAAUCAGUGUGGUAAUUGGAUAUUUGCCUCAUUAUCAACAGAAUGGAAUAAUAAGAAUGGUAAAAGCUGACAAAUUGAUUGUACUUCAUAAAACAGACUCCUUGCAAGUAUCAGUCUCCAAUUAUGGCCACAAUUGGUUCAGGUAUUAAGGAAUAUUGUGUUAUGGUACCAAUACCACCCCCUGCACAUUCCUUGGCUCUGCAGUGUCUUCUUGCAUCAGCCAGUUGAAUUGAAUUUGUUGUCUGUUGUGUACAGUCCAGAGCCCCCCGACUACAGAAAGCUUUAGAGAGCUGUUCCCACAGCUCAUGAAAAACACACCAGGAUGUUAAGCUAAACAACACCCAGUAAUGUGUCAAAAACAGUUCAACCAGGAUGCUGAGAAGUGAUUUCUUUAUGGCAGCUUCCCAAUACAAGGGUUUCAUAUGGAUUUUUUUUUUUUUUUUUUUUUUUUUUUUUUUAUUGUUGUCAGUGUUACUGGCCUGGCUUCACUUCAGGCAAACUGACUGUAUUUUUUCACUUUUUUUUUUCUUUUUUUAUAUAAAGUCAAGCAGAACUUUCAUUACAGAGAUGGUUUUUAUCAGUUAAAUGAGUGCCAAGAACCACAGAUCAGGAUCAUCAAGUUGGCCUAUCUGCUUUUUAGAUUCUAGAUUAUUUUUUACUGUGUCGGAAUACACGUUUGAUUUCCUAUUACAGCGCUAUGAUUGGGGGGGUGCUUUGGAAGAAUAAUAGAACUGGAAUGAAGGCGCCAUACUAACUUGUUGGCACAUUCAUAGACUACAGUAUAGUCUGUAGUAUUUGUCUGACACAGUCUUAUGCCUGUAACUGUUGCUGAAGUUAAAUUGCAGUUGUUUGUUUCUUUGAAAAAUACCCCCUUACCUUGAUGAGGGUUUUCUAAAAUUGUGUUUUUAUUUUUUCCCUUCUUGGGCAAGAAAAAUAAUGGCAAGAAGAUUAAGCACCGAUAAACCUGACCGUAUUGCUAAAAUGUUAAGAGAUCCAGCGAUACUGUGUUUUUGAAAUUCCAUCUCUGUCUGAAAGUUUUCACGACGUUUGCUUUUAAAAUAAAAGUAGCAGUGCUGUUAGUUAACAGGCAAGGGGAGGGGAGGGAGGGAGCAGAAAUUAUACCAAAGGAUUUAUUUUAAAGCACAGUUGGCUUAAACAACUGUUUAUUUUAUUUACUAGCUAGUUUUCAAACGAAAGGCUGUUUUGAAUACCCUUUUUAUGCUACUGUAUGUUAGAUUCGUUAAGUACAUAUGAUUGUUUUUGCCAUGUUUUUUUUGCCUUGUUAACAGGUUUGUGCCUUAUCCCCAUUCUCUGCUCUUUGUGAAGUAUCAUUGUAUUCUUAAAUGAGUAUGAUUCUUCUAAUAAUAAUAACAAUAAUAAUAAUAAUAAUAAUAAUAAUAAUAAUAUCCUGUUUCAUUAAAAUAAAAUAGACCUGACCUAUAGUUGAAACCGUCUGGUUGAAAAUACUUCCCGCCCUCCUCCCUUGUAAAAGUAAGUUACUGUCUGUUUACUAUUCUGAGGAAGAAACGCUAAAAGCACAUGGCAAAAUAAAUCUUAUGUUAACACUGCUUAUCUCUCCUCUUUUAAUUGCAUACUAUACAAAUAAAAAGGGUGUUUUUUUUUUACUUGGCGUGUUCAAUCUGCUUUGAAUAACAUCAGAAUUUCUGUUUAAAAAAAAAUGAAUGUAUUUCUUUUUUGUGUUGGAACUUUUCAAUAUGUUGUACUUCUGAUCUAAUAUGUGAAAAACAUAACAAACAAACAAAAAAAAUCUGCAUGUCAAAGUAUUUUACCUGACAUUGAAGCUUGUACCUUUUUUUGUUCUUUAAUUUGAUGAUUCAUGCAAGACAAACUUCUACAGGUGGGCAGGUCCAUUAUUAAUUUCAUUUUUUGCAUCACAGGUAAAAAAAAAUACAGUGAAAAAGUUAAUUUCACAUCAAGGAACAUGCAAAAUGGAAUUAUUUCCAAGUUUAAACAGACUCUUGAAAUAAGUUAAACAGUUUUCCAACCAAUCCAAGAUCCCUGAAUUUCAUUACUCAGCUUCAUACUCUUGUGAGAUUCUCUAAGCAACUUCUCACAGCUGGCUCCUGUUAUUUUGCUGGAUUAUCUUGUUUAUUCAUUUUUUUUUUAAUUAUCUUUUAAAAAAAAACCCUAGUGAUCACAAACAGUAAAAUGUACCAAUGCUGUUCCAUUUAAAAAUGCACCAUGAAAAGCACUAUGUAAUUGUGUUGAUUUGAUACAGCCCUGUAGCACAGUAGACUUUCUUGCAAGUUUCAUUUUGAAAAAACAUUCCAUGACCUUUACAUAUUGAUGGAAUAACUAUUUGCAUAAACAAGUUUUACCAGCUUACAAAAACAAAAACGUGUUGCAUCUUUUUUUUUUUUUUUGCUCUAAUGCACUUUUGUUUAACAAAGAAAAAAAA